AAUGUGAUGUUAACGAAUUAAUGGGCCACAAACCACCUAACAGGUAUCGCCCCCGGGACUGUGUGUAGUCAAGGUGCGGCGCUGCGAGCAACUGCAACUGGCUUCAGUAUAUGCCUGCGAAGUAGCGGGGGCCCAAGCUCUCAGUGAUACCACGCAAUACGAGCAUUAAGUGGCAUCGGUAAGUCGGUUGCAUCAACGAUCUCCCCCCUAUGCCUCGCACCAUGGUUCGUGCACGGAACGGAUACGCACUGUGCAUCGUAAUGAUGGCCAUCUGCCACGGUGCCGUACCGUCCGACAAGGCCAGCGACGUAAUGCACGGUGUUGCAUCGGCGAAUGCGAGUGAAGCAGUCGCGGAAAUCAUUGGCGCCCUGUCGGUCCCGGUCCCGGCCACGGAACAGAAGAGCGACAACGUAGUGCCGAUUCCCGAGCACCACCAGUACGAUCGUUCGCAGCGCAUUGUGCCACGGAAGGGCGUAAUCAACGAUAUCACGCGGAUAGGGAACGCUCCGCACUACGAAACCAACGGCCCAAGCCCGCACCCAGCAACGGCGGUGUCCGCGGUACCGAAACCAGAAGUCCGUGCAGCCACGGCGGUCGCGCAGCACCCCUCGUCUCCGACUCCGACAGCUAACCCAGUCAACGUCACAAAAGGUGAGGCACCACCCUUGGGGAACUCCUCCGUUUCCGAUCACUCGAUCACCAACAGCACAGCAGGUGCGUUCCCGACGACCGCACCGUCGGUCAAACUGUCUUCAGCCAAGUCUACGCUGUACACCGCAGCACCAGCAGCAGUGGCCACCUCGGCACCGAACCGGACCAUUACUGCACCACCUUCCCUCGUAACGACAAUCAAAACGUCGUCAAGCUCAACCACCACGUCGACAACGACGACGACGACACAGGCGACGACGACUCCUUCGAAACCUCCAAAGAAGCCAAAAAUUGUGUUUUCCGUCGAGGACGAACCGAAGCUGCUGCAUGCCGCCAAAACUGCCUACUUCGUCUCGCCCUACGAUCCCAUCGACAAUGAGGACCGGCAUCGGCCCCGGGUGGACGAGCCACUUGCUCAGCUCUCGCAAGAGUACAUUCCGCAACCGGGAAGCGGAAGCGCCUUGCCGAACGAGCGCCGUGAGUACAUCCUGCCGAUCGUGACGCUCAUCUUCGUCAUCCCGCUGCUGCUGGGACUGUUUCUGCUGUCGUACCGGCGGGCCAAGGAGUUCUGGCUCACGCGCCACUACCGGCGCAUGGAUUUUCUCAUCGACGGCAUGUACAACUACUGAGCCCGCCCGCCCGCCGGUCGGUCGUCGUGCGAAAAAUGCGUGCGUUGACAGAACACGUGAGAAAGUGCCUUGCCGGGAAAUGCCGUUCGUUAGUCACACACACACACACACACACCCAUUCUCCACGGUACGCGUGAUCCUGCGUAUCAAUAAAUCCACAGGAUCCUAAGUUGAUUGAAAUACGAUAUCGAGCUGUAAAUUUAAACUCUAAGUAACUGUUGCGACGUGCGUUAGCGCAUAAUCCAUUAGCGUAUAAGGCCCCUUGAAACAGGUGAUUGAUUUUUCUGGAAACCUUGUGUCGGUGUUACAAAGAAAAACUCGUCUAGGUGAGGCGUUUUUUUUAGCUCUUUUCCUACGGAAUGUUUUUCCUUUACAGUAUCCUUUAUUUUUUCCGCGUAGCAUAUUAUCAAAUAGACCACAAGCAAU